GCUUUCAUAAUUUAUUGUGUAUUACAUUUGAUAUUCUACACUUUUAUUUACUUUCAGAGCAGUAUUUUUUAAUAAAGAGCUGUUCUGCAUAAUUUGUAAACUAAACACAACUUUAGUGUAAACAAAUGCCCUGAAGAUGCAAACUGUACCUAGUUGUUGGUAUUCAAAUCCCAGCUCACAUCGAUUACCCAACAGUUAGUGAGCUAUAAACAAUAAACAGGAUGCACACACUUCCAAAAAUAACGCUAGGUUUAAACAAAAAGCCAGACUGUGAUUAGGACGAAAUGUUUACACACUCGUUCGACUCACUUGAGAGCAACUCAAACGCUCUUGGAGCGUCGCUAGCAACAACAAGGAACCAUGAACGACCAAUAGGCAGAAGCAGAGGCCAGCCCAUAGCCAAGUGGCUCAAACGAAAAAGAGAAGAGCAGCGAAAGGCAGUCAGUAGUGCAUUAUUAAAAAUAGCAGCAGAAUCCACCACCAGGCGAGUCGAGGGCGCACCACUUGAGUGCCAUAUGCGAGAGCACUCCGUGAGUGAUUCUACAUUCUAGAGAAGAGUACGAACAGUACGCCGGGGAUCGGCGCAGUUAUUUAAAGAGCACACGGAGCGUACGGUCACAGCGCAUUCGUGACUCAGCCUUCGAGACGUGAGCAACCAGAAAAUCGAACGCAAGUGAAUUGUGAAAAAAGUGUGUUCCACAAAUCAUACAUAUAUCCAUAAUAACUAUAUAUUAAAAGCAAAUUUACAAAAAUGCUAAAUAUGGAGAGUGCGAGUGCGGGCGCGGCAAUCGCAGCGGGAUUGAGCAAAUCGCUGACCACACCGUUUUCCAUCAACGAUAUCUUAACGCGCAGCAAACCGUUGCAUGCCACAGCGGCACAGCGACGCGUGUCCAGCGUGGACUUGGACUGUGAACCAGAGAUCGUUGGCCAGGAGCGUGCUGGUUCGAAGUCUCCAACGCCUCCGACGCCGCUUUGUUGUCGCGAUCUCAGCAUCUACAAGCUGGCCCAGGAGAACAGCUCUAAUCCCGGCCAGCAAGCAAGCUAUUUGCAGUAUUAUGCAGCUGCUGCGGCGAUGGAUAACAACAAUCAGGGCGCAACUUCAAACUCCAGCUCCGGCUCAAGUCUGCCCGUUGAGUACAUGCAACGCAAAUUGGGCUACUUUGGCGCCGCUUUGUCCGCCGCUGCCUCCUCCUCCUCCAUCUCCGGUCCGCUCGACAUGCGACGCUGCAAUGCCAGCAAUGACUCCGACUGCGAUUCGCCGCCGCCAUUGAGCAGCUCUCCCUCCUCCUGCACUGCGGGUGGCUAUGGACGCACCACCUCCUCGCCGCUCUCCCACGACGACAGUCUGAGUGGCGGAGCGUUGAGUCGCAAGAAGCGUUCGCGUGCCGCCUUCAGCCACGCCCAGGUCUUUGAGCUGGAGCGUCGCUUUGCCCAACAGCGUUAUCUCUCCGGCCCGGAGCGCAGUGAGAUGGCCAAAACGUUGCGUCUGACCGAGACACAGGUGAAGAUCUGGUUCCAGAAUCGUCGCUACAAAACGAAGCGCAAGCAAAUCCAACAGCACGAAGCUGCUUUACUCUCGGCCACCAAACGUGUGCCCGUCCAGGUCUUGGUCCGUGAGGAUGGCACCACAGCUUAUGCCCAUAUGACUCCGGGUGGAGCUGCUGCCGCCGCUGCAGCGGCUGCUUAUCCACAUGGUCUCGAUCCGGCGCUGCUCAACAUCUACAGGCAUCAGCUGCAGUUGGCCUAUGGCGGUUUGCCACUGCCCCAAAUGCAUUUUCCCUACUUCUAUCCGCAUCCAAAGGUGCCCCAGCCAAUUCCACCGCCCAGCCAACAGCAGACGCCGCACUCGGCGAGCUUUGUGACCGGCUCCUCGGCAUCCUCAUCGCCAGUGCGCCAACAACGCAGUCCCUGCCCAAGUCCAACCCCGGGUCUGAACGUGAUGAGCAUCGAGAGCGGAGCCGAGAGCAAUCAUUCGGCAGCCGAGGAUUGUGAGGAGAAUGUGGAAAUUGAUUAGAGCUCGAGCGGGUUGUGGAAGGAGUUUUGGCUUUGUGAUAGCUUUAGUGGAAGGUUCUUAGUGUUUAUGUGUUAGCAUCGCCAUGAGGAGAUGGGAUCCAUUCCCAUCGGAAGGCUAAUAGCUUUAGUAGCUCUAAGUUGUAGUUAUAUUCGUCUGUAAUUCUAUGUUAAUAUCGCAACUUAAAUAAAUGAUA